CGCUGAGGUGAGUGAGUCUCGGCGCCCGGGGCCGGCGGAGCUGAGGGGGGCGGACACCCCGGACUUGGCUGCCUCCGCCUCCGGGGCUCGCCGUGUCACUGCGGCGCGGCUCCCCAGCCUGGCCUGCCCUGGCGCCCUGCCUGCGAGAGCGCGGCUCCCGCUGGGCCCCGGCCCGCCCGCCUGGGCCCAUCGCCCCGCGGGGCCGUGCUCGCGCCGAGGAUGCCCACGGAGACAGCGCGCCCGCCGGGCGGGUCGCACGAGCGGAGCCCUGGGGCCGCUGCGAGCGAUCCGGGUCCGAGCAGCGAUGGGGAAGCGGGGACUGCCCAGGGGACGGGCCCGUGUGACAGCGACCUGGAGGGCAGCCCUGGAGCUCCGGCCUCCGAGAAUGGCCCCUGCGGCUCCUCCGGGGUUCCUUCGCGGGAGCCCCCCCGGACGGGACAGCCGCUGUUACACAUUGACAGGCAGCAGAUCCAGUCCGUGGCGCCCAGUGCCCAGAUUGCUGAGCUGAAAGGUCUGGGGGUUGACGUGUACGACCAGGAUGUGCUGGAGCAAGGAGUCCUCCAGCAGGUAGACAAUGCAAUCAAUGACGCGAACAAGGCGACAAAAUUAGCCAAUGCAGAGGCAGAAUACCAAUCGGUGCUGGACGAUUUAAGGUCCUGUACGACAUCUCUGAAACAGAUCAAUACAAUUAUAGAGCAACUUACUCCUCAAGCUGUCAACAGCAAAGAUAUAAACAGAAAACUAGACUCUGUAAAACGACAAAAGUAUAACAAGGAACAACAGUUAAAAAAGAUCAAAGCAAAACAAAAGCGUCUCCAAGCAGUUCUUGGUGGAGCAGAGACUCUCAUUGGAACAAAUGAUGUUGAAUUUCAGGAUGAUGAAGAGCCUGGUCCAUCGUCUCUUGGCAGUAUGCUCAUGCCAGUCCAGGAAACAGAAUGGGAGGAACUCAUUCGUACUGGUCAGAUGACCCCUUUUGGAACUAAGGUCCCUCAGAAGAUAGAAAAGAAGCCACGCAGGUUAAUGCUAAAUGAAGCAUCUGAUUUUGAGAAGUAUUUGGCAGAUCAAGCUAAGCUGUCGUCCGAAAGAAAGAGGUCAGCCCUUAAGAAGGGAGCAAAGAAUAAAACAGAGGCCAAGAACAUUCAAUGUGCAACUCCCACAUUAGUCAUAAAGGGAAAGAGGGGCAAAACCAGAACCCUGUCAAAAACAGACAAGCGACUGAAAAAGCACAUGAAGAAACUUCAGAACCAUGCUCUUCAGAUCCAAUUUAAGAUUGGAAUUCCCAAGGAAAAGAGACUUCCUGAGGUCAAGGAGAAGCUGAGAGGUGAACAGGGGGAUGACAGUGAAGAGUCAGAAUAUAUGCCUGAUGAGGAGCUUUUUAAUCCAGAAGAGGAAGAGGAGGAGGAGGAGGCAUUUUUUCAUGCUGAUGAUAAUUCUGAUUAUGAAUUGAAGACUUUGCGAGGAGGAAGAAAACAUUCAGGGAAGAGAAACCUUAAGGAAGAAGCUGAGGAGGAUGAAGACUUCUUCCCAAGCUCUGAGGAAGAGGAAGAGAAUACAGUAGGAAAUCGUAAAGUAAAGAGAUGCAGAGAUGAUGGAGAUGAAGAUUACUAUAAACAAAGGCUAAGGAGAUGGCAUAAACAACGAUUGAAGGACAAAGAGAAAUGUCGAAUGGCAGAAGAAGAUUCUGAUGAAAGUGACGCUGAAUUUGAUGAGGGUUUUAGAGUACCAGGAUUUCUCUUCAGAAAGCUUUUUAAGUACCAGCAGACAGGUGUUAGGUGGCUCUGGGAAUUGCACUGCCAGCAGGCAGGAGGAAUUCUGGGAGAUGAGAUGGGAUUGGGCAAGACCAUCCAGAUAAUUGCCUUCUUGGCAGGUCUGAGCUACAGCAAGAUCAGGACUCGUGGUUCAAAUUACAGGUUUAAAGGUUUGGGCCCAACGGUGAUUGUGUGUCCAACCACAGUGAUGCAUCAGUGGGUGAAAGAAUUCCACAGUUGGUGGCCUCCCUUUAGAGUUGCAGUUCUACAUGAAACUGGCUCUUACACCAACAAAAAGGUGAAACUAAUUCGUGAAAUUGCAGCAUGCCAUGGCAUUCUAAUUACUUCCUAUUCAUACAUUCGAUUGAUGCAGGAUAAUAUCAACAGCUAUGACUGGCAUUAUGUGAUUUUAGAUGAGGGUCAUAAAAUCCGGAAUCCAAAUGCUGCAGUUACACUUGCAUGCAAACAGUUCCGCACUCCCCAUCGAAUCAUCUUAUCUGGCUCCCCUAUGCAGAAUAACCUAAAGGAGCUCUGGUCCCUCUUUGACUUUGUAUUCCCAGGGAAACUGGGAACACUGCCUGUCUUCAUGGAGCAAUUCUCUGUUCCAAUAACCAUGGGAGGAUAUUCCAAUGCCUCUCCCGUGCAGGUAAAAACUGCCUACAAGUGUGCAUGUGUUUUACGGGACACCAUAAAUCCCUACUUGCUGCGGAGAAUGAAGGCUGAUGUGAAAAUGAGCCUGUCACUGCCAGAUAAAAAUGAACAGGUUCUGUUUUGCCGUUUGACAGAUGAACAACGGCAAGUCUACCAAAACUUCAUUGACUCCAAAGAAGUUUACCAGAUUCUCAGUGGAGAAAUGCAGGUUUUCUCUGGACUUGUAGCCUUGAGAAAAAUAUGCAACCACCCUGACCUCUUUUCUGGUGGUCCCAAGAUUUUGAAAGGUGUGCCAGAUGAUGAGUUAGAAGAAGCAGAUCAGUUUGGAUACUGGAAACGUUCUGGAAAAAUGAUAGUGGUAGAGUCCUUACUGAAAAUAUGGCACAAGCAGGGUCACAGGGUGCUGCUAUUUACCCAGUCGAGACAGAUGCUGAAGAUCCUUGAAGUAUUUCUGAGAGACAGAAACUAUUCCUACCUCAAGAUGGAUGGUACCACGACAAUUGCAUCCAGACAGCCACUUAUAACAAGAUACAAUGAGGAUACGUCCAUCUUUGUUUUUCUUCUUACAACUCGAGUAGGUGGUAUUGGCGUCAACCUGACAGGUGCUGACAGAGUUAUCAUCUAUGAUCCUGAUUGGAAUCCCAGUACAGACACACAGGCUCGAGAGCGUGCUUGGAGAAUAGGCCAGAAGAAACAGGUGACUGUUUACAGGCUCCUUACUGCAGGUACUAUUGAAGAGAAGAUUUACCACAGACAAAUCUUCAAACAGUUUUUAACAAACAGAGUGUUGAAAGACCCAAAACAAAGGCGCUUUUUCAAAUCCAACGAUCUUUACGAACUUUUCACUCUGACCAGCCCAGAUGGGUCUCAAGGGACAGAAACUAGUGCUAUUUUUGCAGGUACUGGUUCAGAUGUUCAAGCCCCGAAACGCCAAUUAAAACGGAAACUUAAAAAGCCAGCUGAUGGUGCUUCCAAAGGUGAACUGCAUCUUAAGGAGCUCAACUCGCCUAAAUAUGACAAGCCAUCACAUUCUUCCUCGACAGGCCAUUUAAUGAAUUCUUCUUCUAAAACAAUAGAGCCAGUUAGAGAAACCAAAGGAAACUUGGAAACUUUCAACCAAAACGGUUCUGCGAAAGAUGGUACACAAGCUACAAAUAACAUAGCUUCACUGAUUAAAGAUGAGGAGAAAAGUUUGAAAACAGCUGAGGGGUCUGUAUUCCAAGCACUGCCAAGGAAUGCAUGGACUUCAGAGAAUGUGGAAUGUUCAAACUCUGCAUUAUUUGAUGAAAUGCCUGGGGCAUCUACUGUAAGUAUUGAGAGCGGACAUGGUCUCGAAUGUGAGACAGAGAGCUCCCAGGGGAAACAGAAUGGUAACUUUGAAGAUGAACAACUAGGUAAUAAUCCUCACAAACGCACCUCAAAAACUAAACACAGUAUGGAUAUGCUGACACUUGAGGGCCACAAGAGUAACCCUAAAAAGCCAAAACAUCGCAAAGGUGCCAGAUUUGAAGGGGAGCGCAUCCCAUAUUUGGUGAAACAAAAGCAAUACAGAAAGGACAACCAAGAGGAGGAGGAAGAACAAAAGAAGAAUGAUGAUUAUGUCUUAGAGAGACUUUUCAAAAAAUCAGGAGUACACAGUGUGAUGAAGCAUGAUGCUAUUAUGGAGGCUUCCAAUCCAGAUUAUGUGUUAGUGGAAGCAGAGGCAACCCGAGUGGCCCAGGAUGCCUUGAGAGCCUUAAAGAUCUCCCGACAGCGAUGUUUAGGAGCAGCUUCUGGUGUGCCAACCUGGACAGGCAACAGUGGUCUGACUGGGGCACCAUAUGGACUAAAGAGUAGGUUUGGUCAGAAAAGGAACCCUACUUUGCUUGUCCCAAAUUCCUCCACUACAUCUCCUGGAAAGAGAUGCAAGGAUGCUGAUAUAAUAAGGAAAGAGAAGGUAAAGAAAAAUGUUUCCAGUGUACAUUUUGACGGGAAACUCGAAGCAGGAGAAUCAUCAUCCAAUGCACUAGAUUCAUCAUCUUUGUUAGCUAAGAUGAGGGCUAGAAACCACCUUAUUUUACCGCAGAGGAUGGAGAAUGACGGUGAUGAGAAUCUUCAGGCUUCUGCUCCACUCCCAACUUCAACGGAACAUGACGAAUUGCUAGUGGAUGUACGAAACUUUAUAGCAUUCCAGGCUCAUGUGGACGGAGAGGCUAGUACUCAGGAGAUACUGCAGGAGUUUGAAUCCAAGCUGUCAGCAGCACAGUCUUGUGUGUUCAGAGAACUUCUGAGAAAUCUUUGUACUUUCCAUAGAAGCCCAAAUGGUGAAGGUGUCUGGAAACUAAAGGCAGAAUUCCGUUGACCCUUUGAUUAGGAGUGCAUCUGUGUGUGCUUGGCCAAAACUCUGCUCCAUAAGACUUUCUAUUCAUCUUUUGAACUGGAGGGUUCUGUUUCAUUUUGUGUAAAUAUUUUAAUCACUGACUUGUACUGUACCUGGUGCAGCACUUAAGUAUGUUUCACUGAAGACAUAACUGACCAACUUCCUAUUUACUCUGUUUAUAUAUUAAAAGUGGCAUCUACCUCACAAUUGAAACAAUACAAAAUAGCAGCACCUUUUCUUUUUAAAAAAUCUUAAUGUAGAUGGGCUGUGGAACAGGUGUAUUAACGUUUUAUUGCAAUAAGAGCCAUGGAUUUUGUCAUGUUUUCAGAUUUUCAUCCAAUUUCUGUGAAGUUCAGUUUUUGUCUAAUUUUCUGUAUGUUACUUGACUGGUCAUGAUGGGGUGCACAUUACACCAAUGAACAGAAGCAUUAAUAAUGAACAGUUUAGGUGGGUAUAAAAAGGUAACUUGUACCAACACAGUAUCAAGAAUCAUUGUGAGAGACUUUCAUCAGUGUUGAAAAUUUGUUUGUAGAGUUGCUGCUUUCCUUUUUGCCAGUAAUUGAUAUAUGUCACUAAAUACUUGGACUAAAUUCUACUGCCAUGACGGUUUAAUUGCAAAAAUAAAGAGCCAGGCAGAGCAUCUGGAUGUCAGCAGAUUGGUAACGGGUUAUAGAAUACUUUUACCUUUAAAUCACCAAUUCAAAUCCUGCCAAGUCCCAAAGCACUUGCCUGGUGUAAUACUUACUACCAUGAAGAGUCCCAUUGAAACCAAGGUGAUAGUAAGAAGUAAGUCUAGUAGUGGGUGAUUGGUAGUUGCCAUCUAUGGCCUCUGUAACAUCACAAACAAUCUCACCAAAAUUGGUGCUAAUUGUGACCUGUUUUCAGUCUUGACCAAGAACUGAACUAGCCAUGGAGAAUGAACUGCCCUCACACUGCUGGCAUGGCCCUUUCGGGUCAGAGCUGAGGCACAUUUGUGGUGUAUGGGGAAGAUUUCCUUGUUGUACCUGUUCUGUGGAUUAAAAAAAAAAACUUCAAUCUCCAUAGCUUCCAAACCAGCACUAAAUGAACAUGAAUUUCCUUUAGAGGACGGAAAGAACUGGAUUCACUGUAGUCAACCUGACUUUUAUUUCCACCACUGCCACCUUGAGUCUCUCUGCAAGAUGCCAGUAUGCUACAGAGACAGAUUUUAAUGGAAAAGUGAUACAGCUCAAUGCCAAAAUGAGAAAAUUGCAUUUCUUUGCAGCACAGCUAAAACAUUAUUGUAUAAUUUAAACUAGGAAUAACCAAAUGUAGUCAGUGGCUCCCCUUAUAGGGAGAAAGGCAAAGAUGAUCAGCUGCAGGGUUUUAUUUGAGUUCAUUAAUAAUAAGCAAUUUCUAUGAACUAACGAUUAAGCUGCAAGUACAAGCAAAACUUAAAGGUGAACGGUGAAGCAAGAAUAAAGUGUUUUACUUUCCUGCUCCAGUGUGAUUUAGAAAGACGGCUCUUGAGUUUAUUCCAAACAGGCUUUCCUCUGCUUGUGUAUUAGCCUAGAAAUACUGGGUUCUUGCUUCCCUCUCUUUGUUGAAAGAUCCUUAGUGGAACUCCAUUACCUGAAUAGUGAUGCCACACUUGAGUUACAGCACAAAGGAAUGAGAGAGGCUGCUGAGUCCGACUGGCCAAGAACUGGCAUCCCCUCCACACUCAGUUUGGAGGAGGGAUUGCCGCAGUUCAGGUUGCAGGCUAUUAUGACAGUCUCUAAACUUGCCAAGGACUUCCAGUGAAGAGAGGGAACCAAAGAGCUGAUAUUUCUAAUGCAAAAAUGUGUAGAAAAUGUUGAGUCUGACUUCAUGCACCAUGAAAGAACGGUAAAAGGGCAAAAACAAACAUUUUUUUCCAGUUCCCUUUCAAGUUGUUUGUACACUGAUUUUGAUUGAAACUGCAGGAAUUAAGUGUUUAUCUCUGGUGCUUAACAAAGAGUUUGAGUGCCCUGUAUCACAUACUGCUUUCAUUCUUAAAGGCAUAUUUCCUAUAUUAGAGGGAGGAAAGUUUAUAGCUCUCUCCUCUGAUGUGUUUAUGAUGUAAAAGGAGCUGUACAUGCUUUUAUAAUUCCUCAACUUUUAUGAAUUUAAUAAAAUGUCAGUAGUAAAAACAAACUUUUUCUAAGAGACUUCCAGUUUUUUGGGGUUAAGUUAUAUAAGAGGCUUUCUGGUUGGGUAAAGGUGGGAAGACCCCACUGGAAACUCCAGCAGAAAUCAUUGUGAUCGUCUAUUGAGAGGUCCAUCAGACCCUAGAAUAUCUUUGAGGAUGUGAGUAUGACUGUAGUCUUAGUUGUUGCAUGGGUUUUUGCAGAGUUUCUAUAUGCAUGGGAAAGUCUAACUUUACUUACUGUGUUAAUAAAACUUGUAGUACAGAUAAGACUUUGUACUUACGAUUGUGUAUGUAGUCACUGUCCUUGGACUUUGUGUGUUUGAGAGAACCACCAAAAAUGAUUUUCACUCAGUUGAACUUGAAACUCUAGCAACAGGAGCUGAAUACAUGGUAGUUUAAUACAAAGUUAUUAAAAUCAAUUUAAAUU